AUGGGCAGCCCAUCAAGAAGGACGAUGGGCAGCAAGUCGGUCAGUGGGGUACGCAGGCUGAGCACCAUCUCUGAGCAAGAACCAGACAAGCUGGACACCGAUUGUAGUUCCCAUGAUCCCAGGGGAGGCAGCGAAUGGGGUGGAUCAAGCUUCUCUAUGUGUUCUGACAAGUUUAAAAACAGCAGCAGUCAUUUUUCCUCUGAUGAUUCAUACCAGCCUGACACUGGAGAUGACUGUGCAGCACUUCUUCUCGCUUGUCUGCAUUGCCGUUUCCACGAGUUAAUGGUCCUGCUACCAGACACGUGUGAGAGGGCUGUGAGCCGCUGUUUUCCCUCAUACAACUACAUCAAGGCGUCCAGUGAGAGAGACGCGCAGGGAAAGGAUUGCUGCAAUUACAAGCUGGAACUUGAGUGUAACUGCUGUGGUUCCUGCAAGGACGCAGGAGAACUUUUAGAACUGGCCAUGGAGAUAUCAGAGGUGUGCUAUCGCUGA